AUGUCUCGCCAUCACCCCGAUCUCGUCAUGUGCCGCAAGCAGCCCGGUAUCUCUAUCGGCCGCUUGUGCGAUAAGUGUGACGGCAAAUGUCCCGUGUGCGACUCCUACGUGCGUCCCACGACCCUGGUCCGCAUUUGCGACGAGUGCUCCUUCGGAAACUACCAGAACAAGUGCAUCGUGUGUGGUGGAGAGGGAAUCAGUGAUGCUUUCUAUUGCUUUGAGUGCACGCGACUCGAGAAGGACCGAGACGGAUGCCCGAAGAUUAUAAACUUGGGAAGUUCGAGGACGGAUUUAUUCUACCAAAAGAAAAGUUUUCGAAAUCAUUGA